AUGCCCAAUCCGACAUGGCAAGAGCGCUGUGCGAGCAAACAAGCGGAGAGGGACGCAACGAUCCCGAAGGAAUGGCUCCUCCAAGAGCUGCCUUCUGCGGAGCGUGCCAACGUGAUGGAUGUGCCCUACACAUGUGGCAUCAUGAGUGCGGCGGAACUGGCCAUCACGGAGCUCGAUGCGACCGAAUUACUUCAUCGCAUGGCCGAAGGAACACUCAAGAGCUAUGAUGUUGUCCUCGCCUUCUGCAAGCGGGCCGCCAUUGCCCAACAACUGCUCAACUGCCUCACCAUGAUGUUUGUCGACGAGGCUCUGCAAAGAGCCAAAGAGCUCGAUGACUAUCGUGAGAAGACGGGAAAGGUGGUCGGCCCUUACCAUGGCCUUCCUUUCUCCAUCAAGGAUCAAUGGGCGAUCAAGGGAAAGGAAUCGAAUACCGGCAUGGUCGCUCUCAUCGGACAGACCCCGAAGGAAGAUGCUGUUGUCGUCCGACUGCUUCGUGAAGCCGGUGCAGGUAAGCAGCACGAAAAGGAAAUGGUUCCGACUGCUAACUGUUCUUUCUUCUCUUCCUCUUCCAUCUAUGGUCGCACGCUCAACCCAUUCAACCGGCGUCUGACCAGCGGUGGAUCGAGUGGUGGUGAGGGCGCGCUGGUAGGAUUCCGUGGCUCACCCAUUGGCCUUGCCGCCGACAUUGGAGGCAGCAUUCGGGCCCCGGCCGCCAACAACGGCCUGUACGGGGCAAAGAUAACAUCUGGUCGUAUCCCCCUCACAGGGAUUGUCUCUCCCGUGACAGGCUAUGACUCUGUCCCCGUGGUCGUGGGCCCAGUGUGUCGGUCUGCACGAGACAACGAAUACUUCUUCCAAACGAUCCUCGCCACAGAGCCAUGGAAUAAAACACAUUAUCUGGUGCCGUUACCCUGGCGCUCCAUCAAGUUACCCGAGAAGAUGACAAUCGCGUUUCUCUGGGACGACGGGGUCGUCAAACCACAUCCUCCAGUGACCGCUGCGAUGCAGAAUCUAAAGGCCAAGCUGCAGAGCUUGCCCGACCGAUACGAGAUUGUUGACUGGCAGCCUUUCCAGCAUGCCGAUGGCUACGACGUUACCAGAAGUCUAUACUUCCCGGACGGCGGCAAGGUGUAUGCGGAUAUCUUGCGAGAGUCCGGCGAGCCUGCGCUACCGUUGACUCAAUGGGUCACCAAGGAGAGCCACGUCAAAGUCCAGUCGAUAGAAGAACUGUUACAGCUGAACUCCCGACGUGAGGCAUACCGAGCUGCGUAUCUAUCUCAUUUCAAUGCUGCUGGUUCUGUCGACUUCAUCGUUGCGCCGGUAGGGCCUGGGGUCGCUCCGGCGCAUGACACGGCGAGAUACUGGGGCUACACUGCCGUCUGGAAUAUCCUGGACUGGCCAGCUUAUGUGUUUCCUACAGGAGAAACUGUUUCUGCCGACAUUCAUCUCAAGGACUUAUCCUAUCGCCCGAGGGAAAACGAGUUCGAUGCAUACAACUGGGAGAAUUACGAUCCAAAAGUGUCUGAAGGUGCUCCGAUCUCGCUGCAGUUAGUCGGUCGCAAGUGGGACGACGAGCGCGUUGUCAAGGCGGUGGCAGAGAUAGCAGCAAUCAUUGACCAACACAAAUGA